UUGUUGUGACGUUGCUCCACGUGCGCCUGACAAAAGUAUGUUUUCUUAAAAUGUCAAUAUUGUGAUUCAAAAACCGGGUUUAGUUUAAAAAUGAAAAACAAACUAUUCUUUCUUAUUUUAAUAAUUGUCGCCCCUCUGGUGAUAUGUACUUUAUCACCGAAGUCGUCGAAAAACAAAGACAAGCAGUCUAAGGCAACGGCACAAAAGCAGAAGACGGGGCCUCAAGACACCACUAUCUUCAAUAAGAAUUUGAUAGAUGAACAUCCUUCAGCUAAAGAUAUAAUUGCUAAUCACAAGAUGUUCUUUAAAGAAGUAGAUGAGUAUAAUAUGGAUGGAAUGGUGUUGGGGUACGUCACCCCAUGGAACAGCAGGGGCUAUGAUAUCGCCAAGAUUUUCGGCAACAAGUUUACGCAUAUAAGUCCAGUAUGGCUUCAAAUUAAACGCAGAGGUAAAGAGAAGUAUGAGGUAACUGGUACACACGAUGUAGACACUGAGUGGAUAGCUGCUGUAAAGAACGCUGGUAGAGAACGGAAGCUUAAAAUAGUGCCAAGGGUUUUAUUCGAAGCGUGGACUAGUGGUGACUACUCAAGCUUGUUAUCAAGCAAAGAAGAAAUGAAGCAGUUCCUUAAAGCACUUGUUAAAGCUGCUGAACAAUACAGAUUUGAUGGAUAUGUGUUUGAAUUUUGGACACAAUUGGGACCAGUGUUAAAAUUCGACAUCAUAGUUAAUUUCGUAAAAGCUAUAUGUGAUGGUUUGGCAUUAGAGGGUUUACAGACUAUUUUAGUUGUACCACCAAAGACAGGAAAAGAUGAUAUAUUCACAGACAAGCAUUUUGAAGCUUUAUAUGACCAUGUAGCUGCUUUUUCCUUGAUGACUUACGAUUUCUCAAAUUAUAGACAACCAGGGCCGAACUCUCCAAUACAAUGGGUAGACGAUUGUAUCAAGUUCUUGACGAACGAUGAAAAUAAACGCAAGAAGAUCCUUACAGGCCUGAAUUUCUAUGGAAAUGACUACACUGUUAAGGGAGGAGACACAAUUGUGGCCAACCAGUACAUCAAUAGACUAGAAAUGUAUGAUAGUAGGUUACAGUAUGACGAACAGAGUGCUGAGCAUUUCUUCGAGUAUGAGAAAGAUGGUAAAAGGCAUAUAGUUUUCUACCCAACAUUGUAUUCUAUUAAUAAAAGGUUAGAAAUGUGCAGAUUGUAUAAUACUGGAGUAUCUAUAUGGGAAUUGGGUCAAGGUUUGGAUUAUUUUUAUGAUUUAUUGUGAUAUGCUAAGACUGUAUGUGUAUAAAGAUAAUAAACAAAGUUUUAAAUUA